UGUCCCGAAGGGGCUGCGGUGCCGCGCGAGGCUGUGGCGAGGUCCCGCGCACUUGCUGGCCGGCGGCCCGAAUCCGACGCUGCCAGUGCGGGACGGUGCUCUCUCCACGCACCUACAGAUGUCAACUGAUACUGGCGUGCAGUGUCAGACUCAAAGCCAGGAACCGAAUAGCCUUCAGUGAUGUGUUUUCCAAGACGGUCAAGGAUUCUUGGCCAUGGUGAAACUAAAUGCUGAGCUGGGGAUUCAUCAUGUGCUCAUGUGGAGAAUUUGAAUGGAAGCGUCUCUGUGUAGCUAGAGCUCUAGUGACCUCUAUACAUGGUUUGUAUAACACUGGAGAGGCCUCUUCAGUGGGAGUCAGGAUCAAGUAAAGUAUGACCGUUUCUGCCACGAUUCCGGACUCCAUAUUGAAACCAACAGACGGUCCUUAUAAAAUGAGGAGAGCUCUUCUCUUUGCUUCUGUUUUUUCAUCGAACGCGUCCUUGCCACCUUGAAUUUCUUGGAGAACCUCCACCUUCACCUUCUCGGCUGGACCCAAGGGUCAGCUGGCAUUUCCACCACAGCCUGGGCCUCCAUGGAUCCAGUCGAGAAACCUAACUCAGUGUUGAUUUCUGAACCUUCCCCGAUGACCUCUGAGGACUCCUCACGGGACGUACCGGCAGCCUCCCAUCCUUCCUUCCCAGAAAUGCUGAUGAUGGGCCUCAGAGACCUGAACCCCGGGCCUGGCACCCCCUUCGCCGCUGCCACUCUGCCGGAGGGGCUGCUCCAGCAGCGGUACCGAGAUGAGCAAGCCCUACAAGAGCGGUGGUGGGGAAAGGCAGCUUCUCCCCAGAGGAAGAAAGCCUUCCUGGGGCACCUGAGGCAGACGCACCUGGAUCACGUGGCACCUUAUCGGGUUGAUAGGGAAGCCAGGAUCUUUUCCCCAAGCCAUCGAGAUCAGAAAAGAUUCAGAUGUGAAUGUCGAUACUGCCAGCGACAGAGGCCGAAUAUUUCUGGGAUGCCUGCUGACAGGAGUGGGGCCCCACACCCCUCCUCCUGGGAAACACUAGUCCAAGGCCUCAGUGGCUUGACCCUCAGCCUGGGCACCACCCGGCCCGGCCUUCUGCCGGAAGCUGCCUGCCAGCAGCAGGAGCCACAGGAGAAGCUGCAACUAGAGAUGCAGCAGGAAAGCAAAAGGAUGUUUCAGAGGCUCCUGAAACAGUGGUUAAAAGAAAACUGAGACUCGCAGCGUCGCGUGAGGAAGCUCUGAAUGGAGUCGGACAUGGAUGCUGGUUUGCCGCAUCCGGGUGUGGGUUUCCUAGGGGACCAAACAGUGAGCCGGAGUCAGAGGAGGCGCCAGAGCAGACCAAGGACUGGGAAGCCUGUCAGCGUGAGACUCGAUCCCACGAAGGUCCUGGACUUUCCCGCCUGGAAUUUCUGCAUCACUCUGGUACAUUCUGUGGCAAGGGACACUGUCCCAGAGGCCCUGCACCCCAUCCUAUGGUGCCCCAUCCUAUGAUGCAAUCCUAUGGCACCCCAUCCUAUGGCACCCAUGAUGCAUGCUAUCACUUUGCUGCCCCGGGCCUCCCUCUCCUCCCCACCUUGUUGUCAUUAGAUAGAAAGUAUCUCUAGCGUGAUGCUUUUGUGCCGUUUCAUUGACCGCCCCCACCCAGCAGGCCUCGGUCUGCUGGAAGGCACUGUGCUGGACUGACAGCCAGCUUCCAGAAUCUGUAGCUGACCCAGUGUGGCAAAGGCACGCGAGGUAUCCCUUGGCGGUGCAUCACCUUGCGGCUGGUGAAAGCCCUGACACUCUGUCGGUAAAUGCUUCCCUGCCCCUUGUCAUUCUGUGCUGUUCCCCUGCAGGAGUUUCUGACAGGUUUCCUCAUCAUCCGUACCAAAUAAAUGGGCAAACUGACUUUGCAGUUCAGCUUUCUUGAUCCGUGUUGGUUUACUGCUGUUAGAUCUGAGAUCACUACACUUAAACCCAGAGCAGGGAUCAGAGUCAUCCAGAGGAGCUGUAAAC